GAUUUUGCGGGAAUCGCAGUUUUGUUUUAUGACGUUUAAGUUGAUUUAUUUGGCCAGACGCGGUCACAACGGCCGCGUGUCUGUCAGCGGGAAUAGUAUUUUGAUCUUGAAAGAAAAGACGGACAAUAACGAGCUGUAAAAUUUAAAUAAACCUGUCAAAUGUUACCCGGAAGUAUACUUACACAGUGCAGUGGACAGUUGUUUUGUAAUUAGAACAGUAUUUAUUGGGGGUUUUUAUGAGGACUAAUUACCAAAUGAAUUAUUUGACAAUCGAUAUAAGUGUAUUGAAAAGUUUGUUUUAUAAGUGCUGCUACAUAGAUGGAAUAAGUUACUUAAAUUCAACGGAUUGUGUCUUUAACUAAAGAAAAAUAAUAUUAGAAUUAUGUCAGAAAUAAGAAAACGAGGGACGUUAUUCCGCUCAAAGUCUGUAAGGAUAACACCUGUUACCGCUACAAAUGGACACAGUUCGCCGACCUUGAGGUCAAGGACAACAAGUGCGGAUUCUCUAGCUGCUGUGCCGCUAUCAAGCAUCUCUCUGGACAAUCUGCUUCUUCAAAUAUCACGCGAGAGCGUUUCCGAAUGGUUUCCGGCUGCCUCAAAACUCCGACGGACGGAGGAUAUUCAGUGUCUGAUUGUUUCAAGUACGGACGUCCUUCAGGAAAUGGUCAACAGGACUUCGCAAGAUUCAGUGUUGUCGAAUGGCCAGCAAAAUGGCGUUGGCAGCGUCAACCUAGAGAGCAAAAAGUUGAACAAACCACAAAGAACACAGAGUUUAAGGCAAACACGGAAAGUGGACACCGGAAGAUUGACGCCGGGUGUUGGCGGAAAUGAUGCUAAACAGGUUGUUCCUAAAUCAAACACGUUUGACUUAUUGCCUUUGACAAAUGGUCAAAAGUCACAGCAAGUGUUAAACGAAGACAGCGUUCAGUUUAGGCGUUGUAUCUCGCUAUAUGAGAGAAAGAGAACGCCUCACUACUGCUCGGAACACCAUGGUUCUUCCUGCGACGCCCAAGCCCACUGCUCACAUGCCUUCGCCAGCCCGCGACCCAAGUCUUCAAGGUCACACAGCGGCAGGACGCCGGUCGCUUCAAAAAGGCAUUCAAACCGUCGCUGGUCAUUUUCAAUGGGUUUCGAAACAAACGGGGUAUUGAGGUCAAAAUGUAAACGUCCUGGUUCACUGGAACAUCUUAAACCAAAAGGCCCUCCGACAGUGUCAGAAAGGAAGCCGUCUCAUAUUCCGAUACCCAUAUCUCCAAGGAAGACACAGGCCGUUACUCCAAAUAGGGCCCGCACGGAAAAAGGUCCUCUUAAACUGGCCCUCGAAAAUGGAACACCUCCUAAGUCAAAGAACGCAUGGGAUGAAAGGCAAAUGACGUCUAUAUCAACGUCAACAUCAGUACCGUCGACGUCUGUACCGUCGACGCCAAAUGACGUUUUUCCGUCUGAUUUCUCACUUUCAAACUUGUCCCGAAACGACGUUUUUGAAUCGUCAUCUUCAAACGAAUCGUUAUUCGGAGAACCGAGAAUGCACGUGGUACCGGAAGACGAGGACGGAUACCCGGAGCCGCGACCGCCGACCACCAGAAAAGACGAGAUUUUCCACGUCAAGGACUACGUCAACGUCGACGAGCAGGCCACAAAUACACCAAGCGAGCUACUGGAAGACUUUGAUUUCCUAUUGGAGCACCUUAUGCGCGACCUCGAGACGCCCCUCGAUAUGGUACGCUCCAUCUACAUGUGGGUGACGUCACAAAAGAUUCCGAUGAUGUCAGCUGUGGGGUUCACUAGUAUCGACACCCCGAAAGGGUUUCUGUUUAACAUCCGGCAACGCAAGGCGACCUACCCGGAGCUGUUUGCUGUUUUGUGCAGGCGAGCGCACAUCCCGUGCGUUAUCAUUCACGGUCUGUGCAAAAACAUCGCAUACGACGCGGGCGAAAAAGUCUCAUACACGAAGGGGCGGGGCUCUUGGAACGCCGUUUUGGUUGGCGGCCACUGGCGCCUCGUCCAUCCGUACUGGGGUGCUCACGCCGCGCCUGGAUACGCUACCGGCCGCUGGGGACUCGUCGACAGCAGCAGUCGCGAUAAGGCCGCGCGUAUACCGAGUAUUGCAACUGAAAACACCACCAAUGAGUUCUACUUCUUUACUGAUCCUGAUCAAUUCCUAAAGAAAUGUCUCCCGGAGAAUCAAGAAUGGCAGCUUGUGCCGCACCCUAUUUCUAAGACGGACUUCGAAGAACUUCCGUUUUACCAGCCCGCAUAUUUCGAUCUGAAGUUGAAAGAAGUGUGCCAUGAAUCUUGUAUUGUGCACACUGAAAAUGGAGUUUGCGAGUUUCAGAUGUCCAUGCCGGCAGAUAGAGCAAAACGGUACAAGUUCAAUUACAAACUCCACGCGCGGAGAAACAUUUUCGCAGAGGGCGAGUAUGACGUCAUGGCCUUGGAAAACUACUCCUACCACUACCGAUUUGAGGACAAAGAGUACUUUCAUUUUCGAUUUCCGUACAUCGGCGUCUUCAAGUUGGACAUAUUUUGCAAGGACAGUAAACGACCCCUGCCUUCUGACUGGGUAUGUCAAUACAAAAUCAUAUGCGCUGAAACUGGCGUCAACGUCAAACCACUUCCGGUUUCCUCGGAAAUCGGCUGGGGCCCGACAGACGCUCUGGUGGACCUAGGAAUGGACUCCCUCACCCAUAAACACCCAAUUAUUAACCUGGACACCGAGCCAGUGACGUUCGUCCGCUUCGCACUACCAAAAGACCGCACUGUCGAGAUUGAAGCGGAUUUCGUGACGCACGGAAUGUCAAGUGACGAGAUGAGCAGUCAUGUGACGGUGGAGAUCGAAGGAGAGGUGGUGGUUGUGCAGGUGUCGCCCCCGGGGGAGGGGGAAUACGCGCUUCAGUUGUACACCAGGGACGGGGAGGACAGAACCAACAUAUGCAACUAUCUCAUGGUCAGGACUAAUAUUGUGGAGGACCCCGAGUUGGCGGACAUCCGGAAGGAGCUGGACGAGGCGAUCGAUGACGGGGACGUGGAGACGCUUGCACACUGGAUCGAUCGCUUCUCGGAACGAGGCAUGGAGGACCGGGGCGACCUUGCACGCGCCAAAAGGAAACUACAAUUAUCCAGGCUCAACAGGGACCUACAAGAGGCCAUUAAACGGAAGGACCUAGACCUUCUGGAGAGAGCCCUGCACAGCGCCAGUAGUUCGUCCCUCCGGCGCCAUAUUGGCGAACUCGGCACUCAGGCGGAAGCCAUGCGCUCGCGCCUCCGCAGAUUCAAGCGCCUCCAGCACGAGGUACUCGCCAUGGACCAGAAAACCAUAUCCGAAAUGCGCAGUUAUCCAAAACCACCUCCAGCCGUGCACGCGGUCAUGGCGGCGACAUUCCUGAUGCUGGGCAUCAAAGAGGCUGAUCUCAAGAAAUGGACGAAAAUCCAGGGCCUGAUAUCGAAGCGCGGAAAGGAGUCGCUGAAGCGGCGGGUAGCGGAGUUCCGGACGGACAGCGUGCCACCGGCUGUUUUGACGCGCGUGCACGAGAUAUUGUCCAAGUACGACCUGGAGACGGUGCAGGUCGCGAGUGUAGGGGCCGCCACCUUUUACCAGUGGGCAUUUUCGAUGGCGACGGAAAUCGGAGACAAGGAUACAUAAGAAUCGUGGGUGGCUGUCGGAUUCAUAAAAGAAAUGUUUUGUAACGUGUCGACUAAAUAUGAUGAUAGACUUAAAUUGAUCAUUCAAAAAUGUCGAUUUGCAUCUGUGAAUGUUAAUGUUUUCGAAAACUUCGAUUGUUGUGCAAUUAUUUUUUUCUGGUCAAUAAAAAACAA